AUGGAUAUUACUCCAUUAUUUAAAGCAUGUAUAAAAACUGUGAAAACAAGAAAUAAAGCUUUUGGCAUACAAAGUCCUACUAGCGAAGAUAAACAGCGUAUAUUGAGAUCAAAGCCAAAAACUGCAUUUAUGGUAACAGCGAAAGAUAUCACAUCACAAAUAACCAGAUUACGGGACUUCUUACUUGAGCAUCGUGAGAAAUACUUGAGCUUUUUUAAUAAUGUGUCAUCUGAAGAUGAAAUGACCGAUGCCGAGCGCGACCAAAUAGACACAGGAGCUCAAAGAAUAAUCAAUACAUGUUCACAUCUGCUUAAAGAAUUUAGAAAUGAUAAUCGUAAAAUUACGGCAGGUCCGCAGCUAAGAGAGUAUAUGGAAACAGUGACAGAUCUGAUAGACAUGUAUUUGAAAGCUGUUUGUAAAAUACACAGUGAACUGAAAGCCCUACGGGUUAAAAGAGCCCUGGACCUACGUAAGUUGUCACGAAUAGAACUCCCUAAUGCUAAACCAAGUAUUCCAGAGUCAUUAAUUAUAGAGAAUGUGAGUGCAAUAAAAGAGCAUAAAGAAAAUGAGCUAAAGAAGCAAGAUGGGAAUGAAGUUGAUUUAGAAGAAGUUGAUAAUGUUAAAAAAAUGGACUUAUCUGAAAAUGAAGUGGCCAUUUUGGCUGAUGAAGAACUUAGUGCAGAGGAGCUACAGAUGUUUGAGUCUGAAAAUUCUCAGCUUCUCAAUGACCUCAACAGUAUGCAAGAGGAGGUCAAAGUGAUUGAGAGUAAGGUGCUCCACAUUGCAGAGCUGCAGGAAAUAUUUACUGAAAAGGUUCUGCAACAGGAGCAGGAUAUAGACAGGAUAUCAAACACAGUAGUUGGUGCAACAGAGAAUGUCAAAGACGCUAAUGAACAAAUAAAGCAGGCCAUCCAAAGAAAUGCUGGACUUAGAGUUUAUGUAUUAUUCUUCUUACUAGUCAUAUCAUUUAGUCUGCUCUUCUUGGAUUGGCUACAAGUAUUUUUGGUGUCCACAAAAUCUAAACGAAUUUGGUCACGAGCAUCUGACCCGACGUAUUGUACAACUAAAAUACAAAAUAUGGACGCGGUUAAAACUAUGAAAGACCUAGGUUACGCCUUUAACACUGAUGGUCAGCUAAGGAAAGUAGAUGCUGAUGGUCAGCUAACAGAAGAGCCAUUCCAAUUCAAUGUCAGCAACCAGCACCAGGAAUGCCAAGCACACUAUGAAGAGCUUGGUACAGCUAUCACAGAAUAUAUAUAUUAUAUGCUAGUAUCAGAUUUACAUCUUGUCAGGCUACCAGUGCCUAAAGAUUCCAAUAAUGGCACAUUUAUUUUUGCUUCUAAAGACUAUGACAGCAAAGAUGUGUUGGUAAUAUUGAUACAUGGAUCUGGAGCAGUCCGUGCCGGACAAUGGGCUAGAUCAUUAAUAAUAAAUGACAAUUUAGAUAUGGGCACUCAAAUACCGUACAUUAAAAAUGCUUUAUCCAAAGAUUACGGAGUUUUGGUUUUAAAUCCAAAUGAUAACUGUCUGCCUAAUGGCCAGAAGAUACCCCAAAGUGGUUCAGGUGAAGAACAUACAAAAUAUGUUUGGAAUAAUUAUGUUCAGAAAGCCAAAGCUACAUCUAUAGCAAUAGUAGCUCACAGUUAUGGUGGAGUGCUGACCGUUACGUUAGCUGACCAGCUAAAGAAAGAAUUUGAGAAAAAAGUCAAAGCAAUUGCAUUUACGGAUUCAGUGCAUGUUUAUUCUAAUAUAAAAGUUACCAAGUACUUGAAAGAGGUGGCAAUAAAUUGGAUAUCAAGUCAGUCACCACUUGACACACCACUGACUACACCAGAAUUUGAUAUUCCAAGGGUUUCAGCAGGUCAUGAAAAACAUGAAAUGACGUCGUAUUCAUGCAUGGAAUCAGUUUUCAAGUUCAUUGAUAAGAAAGUCUGUAAACAUUAA